AUGCGCCUGAUCAAUGCCAAUACCCUAUUACUCCACGAGUUCCAUGGCGAGAACAUACCGCCGUAUGCAAUCUUAUCUCAUACCUGGGGAGACCAAGAGGUCACGUUUCAAGACUGGAAAGACCCACGCACACACACGGCUGCUACAAAAUCCGGCUUCACCAAGGUCCAGUGCGCUUGUCAGCAGGCCGUAAUUCGAGGUCUUGAGUGGAUGUGGGUUGAUACGAACUGCAUCGACAAGACCAGUUCGGCUGAACUGAGCGAGGCUAUAAAUUCCAUGUUUGCGUAUUAUCAGAAGUCCAAGGUGUGCUUCGCCUAUCUCAGCGACGUACCUUCUGCCAAGGGCCUCGAUAAAAAGUCCUUGCUAUGGCAAAUUCGAAAUAGCCGGUGGUUCACUCGCGGCUGGACACUUCAAGAGCUGAUUGCACCCGAGCACCUGACGUUCUACGCCGCGGAUUGGACCAGAAUAGGAAGAAAAGACGAAUGGCUAGCGGACUUGAUUACUGAAGUUACUGGCAUCGACCGGAUUUAUCUCAAUGGUAGAAGACAAGUCAACCGUGCUUGUAUCGCUAAAAGAAUGUCCUGGUUAGCCAAGAGAACGACCACACGAGUUGAGGACAUGGCAUAUUGUGUCCUUGGUAUUUUCGAUAUCAACAUGCCAUUACUCUAUGGAGAGGGUCGAAAAGCUUUUACUCGCCUUCAAGAGGAGAUCAUCAAAAAGACCAAUGAUCACACUAUCUUUUGCUGG